AUGCAGACAUAUCAUUUAUUAGCAUAAUUGAGAAUUGAGAAACCUACAUAAAAAUCUAAAUUCUUAAAGAUUCUUCAAGAUCAUCAAAUAAUUGAUUGUUCAAAAACAUAAAUUGAUUUAGCUUGGGAACAUUGUUAAACCAAAGAAUAUUAAUAAGUUAUUUAAGAUUUAUUAUCUAAAAGGGUUAGAAGUAUCUCUUUAAAGCCUAAAGUAUAAUAAAAACUUCGAACACUUGUUUAAACAUUUGAUAAAAUAGAUGAAUUACGUUUGAUUAAUGGAAUUUAUAAAUAAAAAGUAUAUAGAAAAAUUUGUUAUGAUAAAGAAAUUUUGAAGUAAAUUUAAGAAUUAAAAUUGGAUGCAGAAAGAAAACUAAAAGAUUUCAUUAAUGAAACAGCUUAAGAUAAAAAUUUCACAUAAGUUUUCCAAUAAAAGCUUAUUGAUUUUUAAGAAGAAAGAAAUAAAUUAAAUGAGUAGUAAGGAAAAGAGGGAAGUUAAAGAGCAAAAGACAGAUUAUUAAAUAGAUAGAAAAUGAAAUCAGCCAGAUUAAAUGAAUCCAUUUAAUUUAUAUUAAAGUAUGAUGAUAAUAAAGAUAGAGCUUAAACAAUAUGUAAUAAAUUACUUGAUAAUUAAAUUCCUUAUUAUAAAUCUCAAUUGAGUGAAAAAUAGUAAACAAGAAUAUAAAAUAUUAUGAAUACUAAGUUUUUAUUUUGA